UAGUGUCAUCGCAAUCCUGAAGGCGCACUUUUGUGAGAAUUUUGCUCUGAGAAGUGGUUUUCUCCCCUUCAGUUCAUUAUAAUCUCUCGUACGGUGAACUUUACGUAAUUUUGGAAUUGUGUUUAUAACUACACAAUAUAUUUCCUUCUCGCUCUCAUUGCCACAACAUAGAUCCGUAUGUUUGACAGUGAAAAUGGAAAAUUCUUUUGCGGUAGUUUUUCCAUUGAAAUGAACCACCCAUGGACCAAAAAUUCUUGGUAGUCUUGUAGUAUUUACAAAUCUAUCAAAAAGACGAUGAUAUUAUGAAUGACGAUGGUGUAUGGUGUUUCUCUGUUUUUAUUUUUUAUUUUUUUGGGUGAAGAAAAUAUCAAGUGAAGAAGGGAUUGGGAAUACUUUCAUUGCGGGAAGAGAUAUAUAGCUGCUGUGUGACUUCAAUAUUUAGAUUUUAAUAUAUCUUGAACGCCAUUUUGGACUGAAAUAUACCUCCUAUAUAAUCUUUCGGACCAGGGAGAGUUUUAUAUGGUGUGUUGCAAAGAGGAAUAUAAAAAGCGUGAAACUUCAAUAUAUUGGCUCUUUUAGUGGACUUAAGGAGAGCCCAAAAGUAGGCAUUUUUUGUACAUUGAUGAAAAUACUAUAUUAAAUUAUUCGUUGAGCUGCACAAAGUAGUAGAUAAAUUUAGGUUGAAGUGUCAAAAGUUUAAGUUAAUAUUGUGUAAGAGAGAAUUGAUGAAGAAAAAUUCUAAAAGAUCCAAAUUUUUUCACUGCAUAAAAAAGAGCAAUAUUUUGUAAUUGAGAGGAGUGGCCUAAUAAGACAUAUAUAGGGAUCUUAUUGGGAUUCAAGUGAGAGUCUCAUCCUGAAAUGAUGACGAUAUGAGCGCCGAGAAAAUCGGCGUACGAUGGAAUUUGUAUGAAAAUUCACGAAAUAGAUUGGUAGAGAAGGAUAAUUGCGUGGGGAUUGGCAAAUGUUUGGACAAGAGCAGCAAAUCCCCACGUCCACCACUGCCAGACCUAAUCCCAAUACGGAAGAGUUCACUGGUGAAGAAUACAUCAAAAGUGAAUCCUGAUGGCAAUGGAUAUCACGAUGUCAAGGCAGAUAGUUCACAGUCUUGGACACACAAUCCCAUGGAAAUUUGCCAGAGGACCACACAAAUGUUCGACGAGGAAAAAGACUCCUUGUAUGAUGGAUCUUUGAGAGAUGAGGUGCAGGAAGAAGAGGCUGUUGAGGUGAAGAAGGUUGAUCAUCAAAAUGGAUGUGUUGAUGGGAAAACAUCUGUGAGAAAUGGUGGAAAGUGUAGUGAGAAGAGCUCAAGCAAUGUGACAGGAAAGGAUACUGAGGCAUACAAUGGACAUGAUAUGCCCAGUGUCAAUCCUGUCUUCCUCUGGGUCAUUCAGAAUGACACGGAAAUUGUUAGUGUGAGAUGUGAGGAUUAUGACAAAAGAAAUCGUAUACGAUUGACCAAGACGGCCAAUGGUACGUGGAAGGCCACACCGAGGACACAGUGCAAUGGUUCCCAGGAUGGAACGAAGAAGCACAAGAAGAAAAAGAAGAAAUCCGAUGAGGGUAGACGAGACAGGAGGAAGAAGCACAGGAAGGAGAAGAAGCAGAAGAAGAGGAAACAGGAGAAAGUGUAUGAUGAGGAGGCAGAAAUAAUAGCGUCAUUUCUGGAGGAUGAGGCUGCUGAGUAUAUGGAUGGGAAGAAGAAGGAUGAUGGUGCGCAUGUGCUGGAGAGUGGAGAAAAGUUGGAGACAUUGGCAUCUAUUGGGAGAUUUGAGGAGACAAGUGAGAUGAAUGAUAGGGCACCCGUUUGCACAAGUGAGACUAAGGCGAGAUGCGAGGAUGUAUCGACAAUGCAACAGAAUGAUGUAGUCGAAAUGCAGCAGAUGCAAGAGCAAGAACACUACAUUAAUGCAAUUCACGACAUAUCACAUGAGAAUGAACAGCAAACACAUAUUCUCAGUGAGUCAGUUUAUGAGACAUUUGAGGUGGAUACAGUCGUGAAUUGUGUGCAAAAUUCCUGCAAGGACAAUCAAGAGGAACCAUCUUUAUUUCAAGACACACACAUUCUUCUCGAUACAGUGGACAGCAUUGGGAGCACUAGUGGCAAUCAAUGCAAUCAGGAUAGUGUAGAGAUUGAGGGUGCUAAGAAGGUGGAAGAGAGUGAGGAAAAGUACCUACCGUUUAUGUGUAAGGGUAUCACUGGCGAAGACGACGCCCAGCAGAAUUUCAAGCAAGAAUCCUUCACUGACAAUCUCAACGUAACCACGGAGUUGAUUGAGACAAUAAGGGAGAUUGCUGUGACCAAUUCGGAGGAUCUCGAUCUAACGGAUCAGUGUGGAGAAAAUACGAUGACUGGUGCUGAACUUCUGGAUUCACUCAUUGAACACAGCUGUGAAGUCAACAAUAUUUCUGGUCAUAUUGAUGAUGUGAAGCAACAAACGGCGUGUGAUGUUGAGGAUGACUACAAUGAGGAAGAUGAAUUACUUUUAGAUUCAGAACCAGUGGCAAAUAUUAUUUCACGCCUCAGUGAUUCGCCCAAGUGUCUCUCAUUCACUGAAUCCGGAGAGAUUGAGACAAUCCUAGAGUCUAGUAAUAUCUUUAAGACAGGCACUGAGCAGAGUCUCGAUGAUUUAUCGCUCACAAUUAAGGAAUUAACAGAGACAAAAUUCAUGACAUCAGCUGAAUCAACGCAGAAGAAUAUGGCUGAAUUGACAGCACUCCUAUCGCCAGAUUCAUGCGUUGAGGAAAUGCCCAAGGAUUUGAGUUGUAAGCCAGUUAAUCAACAGCGAAGUCCAUCGCCAGCACGGUCAACUUCGAGGGGUUCUGAUACAAUUCAAUCCCCACAGCCAAGUGGAUUGCCUCCAAUUCCACCAUCUCCUGACAUUUAUUCCCAACACAAUCGACUACUCCAGAAUCUAACCACAACGUCCCCGAAGGCAGUUGAUGGGAACAGGAGGAAUGCACAGGAGAAUCAAUCUCAGCAACCAGAACCUCUGAAUUUGGGUGUCUACAGGAAAUCAGCGAGUCCUACUGUUAGUUGUUCCGAAGAGGCCAAAAAUCUUCUCAAUGAUCUCACAACAUCCGAUGACAGUAUCCUCAGUGAGCCUGCCAAGAAGCGUCUCAAGACAGACACCUUCAAGUCCGACGAUCCAAAAGUCUCGCACACUGAAAAGGUGGGAAUGGGAAAGGAUCCUGAUCCACUGACACAAUUACGACUACUGAUGUCCAAUAGUGAAUGGAAGGUUCCUAGUACACUUCUUGUGCCAAAAGAUCGUCUCAAUGCUGUUCUUGCAUCACCAGCCAGAGAAAUUCCCCUUUUACUAACCACGCGUCCAGAAUUGCGUCUCCCUGAGGCUUUUGCAUUUCCCACCAUUCUUCAGGAUCCAGACAUCUUAGUGGUGUCCCUCAGUCAAUUGGAAACGAUUCUGGAGAAGCAAGAUGAACUGUUCAAAUUGAAGGAUGCCGAAUCGACGCAUCAGAAAAAACUCCCAUCGGCAAAAUUCCCCUCAAUGCAUCACAAUACCGAGAUGCCAGAAAGGCAGAGGCAUCCUCCAGCACCGACAAUGAAUCAAAUUCCCACAGGUGGAAAAUUCGAUGUUGAUCCUGGAACACUAAACAUUUUCAACCAAAUGCUGUGGUUGCCGUAUUUCAAUCAUUUACGCAAUCAGAACAUGGGAGAUUUCAUGAAGACACCGAAUCUCAGAAAUGUACCAGGAAGCUUUCCCGAUCUUCUGAUGCUGUUGGCUGCACAGAACAAUCUCACCGGAGCCAUGUCACCCAAUUUCAUGGGCUGCAAUAGUCCAUUGGAAUUGGCUCUGUGGCAGGAGGCAAUGCUGCAGGAGAGUAAUCUCAAUAUUCAGCAACUUCAGCGACUCAAUGCCGAACGACAGUCAAGCAAGAAGUACCCAUCGAAGCAGAAUCUCACAAAACUCCCACAGUAUCAGCAAAAGACGCAUCCAAUGCAUUGUAUGACGAAUUCUCUGGGAAAUUAUCGAUUUGCUGGACAACAUCUGCCACCACAGAAGGCAACCAAUGCAGCUUUUCCCACGUCGCCGACCUACCUGCCGCGGGGGUGCAGUAAUUUGUCGCCACAUGUGAAGAAUUCCCUGCCAUUUGUUCAUCCGCAGCAUGCUCAAGGUGGCAGCAAGAAGAGUCAACCUCAAUCAACUACUCAACUCAACAACUUUCCAGCCCAUUUUCCAGCAGCUUCAUUCAGCAAGAAUGAAUUCAGUGAGAUGAAUCAGCACAAUCUGCAGAAGGUCAAGGAGGACGAGAGAGCGUCGAAGCAUAAGUAUCAGAGCUAUCAAGAGGCUAGGACAAAGGCAGCAUCGUGUCAGUCUCUGUUGAAUCUCCUAAAUCCAUCCGGUGGUGGUUUUGGGCAGGAGGACAAACCCAAACAGAUGCACACCACAAACACUGUGACUAACUCCUCAACUGUGAGUAGUCAGGCUCAGCCAGUGUCGCAGCCCAAGCUCAAGGUGAAGUCUGGGCAGCAUCUUCUCGAUCCAGCGGCCAUGCAGAGGCGUCUUCUGGCCACUGAUGAUCUCUCAGAGGUUGGCAGCACAACUAGCACGUCAGAUGAUGGACAGGAUGCCAAUUCAUCUCUCUGGCAUCCACUUUUUGGCAGUCCGCCGAAGAGUGGAGGAUACAUCAGUCCGUGGCAGUGGACAACAGUUACGAUAGCAGGAGAGUGACAAUCGAGGGCUCCGACUGAGCCCGCUACAAAUAAAGGUCACAGUGUUCCUCCCUAUCUCUACGAUAGUCUCUACCAAGGUGGUGAGGGUUUGGGAAUGAAUCCACCCUUCGGUAAUCCUUCCCACACAAAUAAAUAAAAAAAGAAAAUGAUAAGUAAGAGAAGUGCAUGAAAUAUGGAAGAAAUGAUGAAUUUAUGAAUGGCAAAUGAUUGAGAAAUCUUCACAAAAUCAUUUCUUUCAGUGCGAAGUAAACUUAUAACAAUUGAUAUAAUCUCUAAUGAAAUAUCUUCUCAAUAUUUAUUCAUAUGUUUUAGUUUUAUUAGAAGCAAAAGGAAAACAAAAAAAAAAGGAAAAGGAAAAUGGAAAAGAGAUAGAUAACACACGUGAAGGAAGAAAGAGAAAAAUUGUUAAAAAAAAAACCCAAAGACAGUUGAAUUAUAUUAUGAAGUCUACAUCUAUAUUGAUAUUUUGUGAUAAUUUUGAGGGCAAUUUUAUUAUUCAUUGAUGAAAUGUUGACGUCACCGUGAGUGUGGUGUUUUUUCUUGCCGCUGGGGCAGGUCAAAAAGUGUAGAAUGGGAAAAGAGGUCACACGACGAAUUUGCGGGAGUUCUUUUGGGGUGACACGGUGUGUGAAAUGUUUUAUUUCAUUUGUUAUUGAUUGAAAAAGAGAAUUGAGGAAAUGGAAUCUUUUUUUCAAAAUAUUACUGAAUUUCGAUCCCGACACUAGACAAAUAUUUGUAUUAUUAUUAAAAAAAAAAACAGAAAAACAAAAGGAAAAACUGGAGAAAAGCAUAAGUGUAUGAAAUAUUGAAAUAAUGAUGAAAAUUGAUGUUAGAUUGCGUAUAAAAUUAAGACAAAAAAAUAGAUUACCAAAAAAAAGCAUGAUUUAAAACGUAUGUGUGGAAAAAAAUCACGGAGUUUAAAGAGAAGAAAACACCCAAAUUUUAUCGUCUAUUGAGUGAUAUUUCAGUUACAAUUUUAGCGGAAAUUUCUCUUAACUGGAAUAGAGUUAAUGUAAAAGAUAUUUAAAUGGAAUUAGUCAUCAAUUCUUAAUAACUCUUUCUUAUUAAAAAAAAACACAAAAAUCAUAAUUAAGGAAAUGAAAGGUGUAAUUAUUGAAUGAAAUGUCGUAUGAACAAUAAUCAAAUUUUUAAGACUUUCCUUUGGCAUUGCCUGACUUUUUUUUUCAAAGAUCAGUAGAAGCUUUUAAUUUUAUAUUUUUUUUAUGCUUUUCGUAGAUCUUUUUUUAUCUCCAUAUUGGGUCACUACUCAGCAAGAAUCUUUGAUAUAAUUUAACAUAUGUUUCAUCCUGAAAAUUCAUGAUCUGUAAAAGCCGGAAGAAGAUAGCAAAACACUUGGAAAAACGAUUAAAAAAAAAUUGAAGGAAAAACAUUCUGCAGGAUAGCUAUUCAACAUCAAUCAUUUUAUUCGCAGUUCAAUGAACGUUUUACAUAAAUUAUGCAAUAUUUGCUUCAGAAUGGUGAAAUGGAAUUAGCUUUAGUAAAGCUAAGUGCCGUGUAAUGCAUUUUUCUUUGGCGAAUAAUACCUUAUAAUGCGGGAUAUCGUGAAUAUUUUGCACAAGCUUGUAUUUUGGGAUGGUUAUCUCAGUUUCUGUUAAAGAUAUUUGGGCGAGUAAGCUCUUGUGAGAAAGCUUGGUUCAUUAGCUUUCAAAAACCGGCAAGUCUGUUCCUUUUGGGUGAAAUCAUGAUCAUCCAUUACCAUUUUUGUGGAAAGUGAUAAUGCUAUUUUUGUUUGUUUAAUUUUGGAAUGGUAGGACGAUCUUUAAUCUCUCGACGAGUAUUAGUCAGGCUUCUACAGUAAUAAGGAAGCUUGACAGAUGCGUGGUGAGAAAAUCUGAUGAGCUUAGUCGUUCGAGUGAAUUAUCAUUUUCAAAGCUGUAUCACUCCUAACUUACCCGCCCGGUGAUUAUGAGAUUCACUGGUAAAAAUAAAAGGGUCACCCCGAUGAUCCUUUGAAAGGGUCACGGUUUUAACACCUAUUUAACUCUGGAAUAAACGAACAAAAACAAUGAAAAAGUCAUCUUUGGUGUUCGCUCAGAUGAGAGAAAUAUGAUAGGGCACACAGAAAAAUUUUGAUUCUACAUUUAAGAAUAUAUAAGAUUCUGGGAACUUAAAUUGAACGUGAAUUCCCGAGGCGUUUAACUUUAGAAGCUCUGAGCGAAAGAAAUGGGCUAGAAUCCCUAGCUCUUUCAAGUUAAGAGAUCGGGAACUUAAGUUCAGCAUUAGCUGGAAAAUGAAAAAUGUCUACGGAGUUCCAAAUUGCAACUAAAACUAAAUGUUCAAGCAUUUAGAAUUAGGACAUUGGCAUUCAUUGGAUGGAAUUUGAAAUUAAAUUCCUGGGUGUUUCUGUUUAAGAAUUUUCCAUUUUUCUGUGUGGAGUAAUAAAUUUACGAUAAAAUGUAAUAUAUCGUGAUAAAUGUGCACACAAAAUUUCAAAAGAUUCAAGUGAACCUUUCAAAAGGUCAAAUAUGAUCCACUUUUGUUGAAAAUGGCCAAUUUUACCCUUUUAUUUUUACCAGUGUUUGGGUAAUGAUCGAAACAAUAUGAUAACGAGCAGAAGCGUAAUGGACGGGCAGUGCAUUUUCGCCUAAGAAAAGCGCUUUUAUUGGCUUUUAAAAGGCCUUCUGUUGAAUCUUAUGAGCUUUCCAAGAAGUCUGAAAUCAGUCAAUUUCGUUAAAAAAAAAUAUGAUAAUUUUUUUAAAGACUCGGCUCAUAAAAUCGAAUAUUGAAGAAUUCAAAUGGAUUUUUAAAGAGGUAUUUGGGAAGGUUUCUAAUCAUAUUUUCUAUGCAGCUACAAAAAAAGCUUUUAAGAGCUUUCUAGUCCCUCCUGAAAUAAUCAAAAUCGGUUUAACAUUGAUUUUUUGUGAAUUUCUGAAAGAAACUUUGCAAAAAAUGUAAUUUAAAGUAUUUCAAAUUGAUUUUUGGGAAGACUGGGAAAAACUUUUGAUCAACUUUUGUCAAAAAAGCUGCAAUGUCGUCUUAAAAAGAGCUUUGAGGGUAUUUUUCAAGCUUUAUACUCUUUCCCAAAAUAAUCAAAAUGAUCAAAAUAAGUUUAGUAUUUAAUUUUUGGUGAAUUUUUCAAAGAAUCGUCCCAUAAAAUCUAAUAUAUAAAAUAUUUCAAAUUGAUUUUUGAGAAGACAUUCGGCAAGCUUUAGAUCAAAUUUCUUCAAAGAAAGCUUUUAGUUAUCUUAAAGGAGUUUUUAGGGUAUUUCUAAAGCUUUCUACUCCUGCCCAUUAUAAUCAAAAUCGGUGGCUUGAUGGGCUCAUUGUUUCACAUCGAAUUUUUUGGUGAAUUUCUGAAAGAAAGUUAGCAGAAAAUCUAAUUUAAAGUACCUCAAAUUGAUUUUUUGAAUGACUUUGAGAACACUUUUGAUCAAAUUUUUUUAAAAGAGCUUUUAGGGUCCUUCUCAAGCUUCCUAGUCCUACCGAAAAUAAUCAAAAUCUGUUUAACAUUGAUUUUUUGGUGAAGUUUUCAAAGAAUUGAUGCAUAAAAUCUAAUAUAAAAUACUUAAAAUUUCUCUUCGGGAAAACUUUGAGGUAGCUUUUGGUCAAAAACUUUCUCAAAAAGAAAGCUACAAUGUCGUCUUAAAAAAGCUUUUAGGGUCCUUUUCAAGCUUUGUAGUCCUCCCCGAAAUAAUCAAAAUCGAUUUAAUAUCGAUUUUCGGUGAAUUUAUGAAAGAAACUGCAAAAAAUUCAUUAUAAAAAACUUCAAAUUGAUUUCUGGGAGAACGUUCGGCAAACUUUAGAUCAAAUUUUCUCAAAAAAAAGUUUUUGGUUACUUUAAGGAGUUUUUAGGGUAUUUCGGGUAUUUCUCAAAUUUUCUACUCUUGUCCAUAAUAUUCAAAACCGGUUUGACAUUGAAUUGUUUGAAUUUUUGAAAGAAAUUUUACAGAAAAUCUAAUCUAAAAAACUUUUAAUUGAUUUUUGGGAAGACUUUGAGGAAGCUUUUGGUCAAGUUUUCUAAAAAAAAAAUCUACAAUUUCGUCUUAAAAGAGCUUUUAGGGUCCUUAUCAAGCUUUAUAAUCUUCCCCGAAACAAUUUAAAUCGGUUUAACAUCGUUUUUUUGUGAAUUUAUGAAAGAAACUGCAAAAAAAAAAUAUUAUAAAAAACUUCAAAUUGAUUUUUGGGAGAACAUUCGGCAAACUUUAGAUCAAAUUUUUUCAAAAAGAAGUUUUUGGUUACUUUAAGGAGUUUUUAGGGUAUUUCGGAUAUUUCUUAAACUUUCUACUCUUGUCCAUAAUAUUCAAAACCGGUUUGGCAUUCAAUUGUUUGAAUUUCUGAAAGAAAUUUUGCAGAAAAUCUAAUAUGAAAAACUUAAAAUUGAUUUUUGGGAAGACUUUGAGGAAGCUUUUGGUCAAAUUUUCUCAAAAAAAGCUACAAUAUCUUUUAGAAAGAGCUUUUAAGAUAUCCCUAAAGUUGUCUAGUCCUGCCUGAAAUAAUCAAAAUUGGUUUAAGAUCGAUUUUUUGGUGAAUUUCCGGAAGAAACUUUGCAGAAAAUCUCAUAUUAAAAAACUUAAAAUUGAUUUUUAAGACUGAACAAGCUUUUGAUUAUUUUUUUAAAAGAAAGUUGCAGUGUCGACUUAAAAAGAGCUUUUACGGUAUCCCUGUAGCUUUCUACUCCUGCCCAUUAUAAUUAAAAUCGGUUUAGCACUGAUUUUUUUGGUGAAUUUCUGUAAGAAGCUUUGCAGAAAACCUAAUAUAAAAAACUUUUGAUUGAUUUCUGGGAAGACUGGAGAAGUUUUUGACCAAAUUGACUUAGAAAAAGUUACAAUGUCGUCUUAAAAAAGCUUUUAGGACAUCUCUAAAGUUUUCUACUCUUGCCUGAAGUAAUUAAAAUCGGUUUAGCAUUGAUUUUUUGAUGAAUUUUUGAAAAAGGCUUUGCAUAAAAAGCUUAUGAGAUUCUAGAACAGAACCCUUAGAUUAUGGUCAGUAACUAUCAAUUUUCAAAUGUAAAGUUUUAUUUUAAGUUAAAUGUUGCAAGUUUAAAGUAAUUUCUGAUUAAUUUUGCGCUUUUUUUACUGAUCGAAGUAGAAUAUUUUAGUAGAAAUUUAAGUAGAAGUUUAAGUUUAAGUAGAAAUUCUUUGAAGACUCGAUUAAGCUCAUGCAAAAAUAUCCGAUUGAAGCUCUACUUGCGUAAUUUUUGGCAACCUAUAUCAUAUUCGAAGAAUAUGUGCAGUUCAUGAAACUCGAAUAAAAUUAAAUAAAAAACAACAUGAGAAUUAAUGAUUGGUUGGUGGAGAAUGUUGAUUAGAAAUUCUGCACAAUAUUUUUCUGUGUUAAUUUCAAUCAUUCUCUACUUGUUAUUAAUUUAUUUAAUUUCAUAACUUUUUUCAGUUUAACCGUGUUUAUACUCGUAGAAUGAUAUGGAACUAGAUUAUUUUUUUGCAAUUAAAUUUUUAAUGAUAUCUGGAUAAUUCCUCAUAUUUAAGUGCUUAAACAUUGAACAAUUCAGGAUGAAACCGCAAUUCUAAGAUCAAGUAGCUGAGUAGAGGCACUAAAACGAUGCUAAAUUACUGGAAAUGGAAUAAAAAAUCACAAUAAGGGAACAGUGCAAGAAAAAAUUCUCUAUUAAUAUUGUUUAAUUUUUUUUGGUAAGACUGUGAUGAACGGAUUGCAUAAUUUCUCUAUAAUAUAUUUUUUUUAAUUUCAUUCUGGAGCAAUUUCUGUUGACAAUACCUAUUUUAUGCCUUUUUUUUUUAAAUGAACGUGCAAGAAAGAAAUAAUCCUAUUGAACUUAUGUUAUUUUGAGUCAUAUUUUUAUUAUGUAUUUUAAAUAUAUAUAUAAUGUACCUCCAAAAUGUAACAUGUGUAGUGAGAAUAAUCACCCUUCCUCUUUAUGUCAUGUAUAAAUUACAUCUCCUAAUAGGAAAAUGAAGAAAAAAAUAUCUCUAAGACAUAAAUUAAUUAAAUAAAUAAAUUAUACUCAUACUGGG